AUGGGUUCUGAAAAUGGCUCUUCAGUGACUGAGUUCAUUCUGGUGGGAUUAACCAAGGAGCCUGAUCUCCAGUGCCCCCUCUUCAUCCUGUUUCUAGUGAUGUAUGUUCUCACUUUGUUGGGAAAUCUGAGUUUGAUGACUUUAAUUGUACUGAAUUCUCACCUUCAUACCCCAAUGUACUUUUUCCUCUUUAACUUGUCGUUUGUUGACCUCUGGUAUUCUUCUGUGUUCACACCAAAAAUGUUAAUGAUCUUUAUAUCAGAGAUGAACAUUAUUUCCUAUAGAGGAUGCAUGGCCCAGCUUUUCUUUUUCAGUUUUUUCUGCAUUUCUGAAUGCUAUGUGCUGACUGUAAUGGCCUAUGAUCGCUAUGUGGCCAUCUGUAAUCCACUCUUGUACAAUAUUAUCAUGUCUCCUAAAUUAUGUUUGAACCUCAUACUUGGCUCAUAUAUCAUGGCAUUUUCUAGUGCCAUGGCUCAUACAGGAUGUAUGCUGAGACUGACCUUCUGUGGUGCAAACACCAUCAAUCACUACUUCUGUGAUAUCCCCCCUUUGCUUCAGCUCUCCUGCACCAGCACCUAUGUCAAUGAGCUGGAGGUUUUUGUUGUUAUAGGCAUCAACAUCAUUGUACCCACCAUCACCAUCUUUAUCUCUUAUGGUUUCAUCCUCUCAAGCAUCUUUCAUAUCAGCUCCAAGGAGGGCAGGUCCAAGGCCUUUAGCACUUGCAGUUCCCACAUAAUUGCAGUUUCUCUGUUUUUUGGAUCAGGUGCAUUUAUGUAUCUCAAACCAUCUUCUGCUGAGUCAAUGAAUGAUAGUAAAAUUUCCUCUGUCUUUUAUACCAAUACAGUUCCUCUGCUGAAUCCCUUAAUCUAUAGUUUGAGGAACAAAGAUGUUAAAGUUGCCUUGGUAAAGACUCUGAGUAAGAGAAAGUGCUGA